GAAAUCGUACAGUCAGUUCGCGAUCACAUUAAUUCAGUGCCCCGAAUAGAGAGCCACUACACUCGGGCUAACACAAGUCGUGAAUUCAUUGACGGUGGCCUAACUAUUAAGGAAUUGUAUCGCAAUUACGUAUCGAAUAGAGAUGCAAUGCCAGUAGCAUCUUAUGACAUGUAUAACAGAAUUUUUAACACUGAAUUUAACUUAUCCUUCUUUGUCCCUAAGAAGGACCAAUGUGAUCUCUGCGAGUCGUACAAAAAUGCUAUUGGAUCAGACAAACUUAAAUUAGAAGAACCUUAUGAAGAACAUCUUAGACAAAAAGAAUUGAGCAGAAAAGAGAAAACCGAUGAUAUAGCAUUAACUAAAACCGAUGCUGAAACAGUCGUUGCAAUAUACGAUUUACAAGCAGUCAUGCCGGUUCCAACUGGGAAUAGCUCGGCGUUUUUUUAUAAAUCUAAGCUAAAUUGCUUAAACUUUACAGUCACAGAAUUAAAAGAUAAUACUACAAGUUGUUAUUUCUGGCACGAAGGGCUUGGUAAUCGAGGGGCUAUUGAAAUUGGGUCCUGUGUACUAAAGUUUCUAAAAGAGAUUUCAGAGCGUCAUCCUAAUUGCAACAUUAUAUUUUACUCGGAUAAUUGUUGUGGGCAGCAGAAGAAUAGGUUUCUCCUUGGCAUGUACUACUAUGCAGUUGAAACUCUACCAAUUACGUCAAUCACGCACAAAUUUUUGAUUCGCGGCCACACCCAGAAUGAGGGUGACAACGCUCACUCACUGAUUGAAAAGGCAAUUAAAAGAGCAAAGAGAUCUGGUCCUAUUUACAGUCCUCACCAGUACGUGCAACUGGUAAGGAAUGCCAAGAAAACUGGUAAACCUUUUGUGGUUCACGAGCUAAACUAUGACGAUUUUUAUGAUCUAAAAAAGCUGUUUGAGGAUAUUGGGUUAAAUAUUAACAAAGAUCUAAAAGGCAAUCCGAUAAAAUUAACAGAAAUAAAAGCUAUUCGAUUUGUAAAAAGCAUUGACACUUACACUAUAAAGUACUCUUACGCAGAUGAAUGGCAACAAGUAAGCACAAAACCCACAAAAAAUUUAAGGAAAACACGCUCUGACUUUAAUUUAAGUAUUACAGAUAUUUGCCUAGAGCCAGCUUAUAAUUCAAAGAUAGCAAUUUCAGAUCAAAAAAAGCAGGAUUUGCGUAUUUUGCUAGAAAAAAAUAUUGUUCCUAGAUGUUAUUCUGGAUUUUACGAAAGCUUGUUUUAAUUGUUUACUAGUAGCUAUACUAAUUGUUUUUCUUUAUAAAAGAUUUUUUUAUUAAUUUACGUGAUUAUUUUGUAACUGUGAGACAUUUACGUACUUAUUAUAACGAUAAAAGACUAAAACUGUUAAAACUUUUCUUUAUUAAUUGAGUGUAAGCAAUAAGACAAUAAUAUAACAUUAAGAUAAUUGUAGUAAAUGACUGUGAUUUAAACAUGCCAUAUUAGUAACUGAUAAGACUGUACUUAGUCUACAAAAUGUUGAAUAGUUCUUAAAUGUAAUUUAAGUAUAAUGUGAGGGAUCCAUUGUUAUUAUUGUGUGUUGGUUAUGGUCGUACAUAAAUUAAUACUCCGUUAUGCUGGUGCAUAUAAUAUUAUGUCAAAGAUCUCUUAAAAUUUUGUAUAAGUAUAAUAAAAACAGAAUAUUAUUAAAAAAUAAAGUUCUUUUAUUUGAAGAAUC